ACUAAGACCGCAAGGCAUUCACUUCCUCCUACGGUGGAUGCGGACGCCGGGAGGAGGAGAGCCCCACAGAGAGGAUCUGGGAGCGGAGGCGCAGGCAAUGCUCAGCCCUGGAUAUAGCUGAGAGGCUGGGAGAGAGACGACCGCUGGAGACCGAGCGGCGUGGGGAAGACCUGGGGGGGUGGGUGGGGGAAGCAGAUAGGAGAGCACUCGAAAUCAAGCGCUUUACAGAUUAUUUUAUUUUGUAUAGAGAACACGUAGCGACUCCGAAGAUCAGCCCCAAUGAACAUGUCAGUGUUGACUUUACAAGAAUAUGAAUUCGAAAAGCAGUUCAACGAGAAUGAAGCCAUUCAAUGGAUGCAGGAAAACUGGAAGAAAUCUUUCCUGUUUUCUGCUCUGUAUGCUGCCUUUAUAUUCGGUGGUCGGCACCUAAUGAACAAACGAGCAAAGUUUGAACUGAGGAAGCCAUUAGUGCUCUGGUCUCUGACCCUUGCAGUCUUCAGUAUAUUCGGUGCUCUUCGAACUGGUGCUUAUAUGGUGUACAUUUUGAUGACCAAAGGCCUGAAGCAGUCAGUUUGUGACCAGGGUUUUUACAAUGGACCUGUCAGCAAAUUCUGGGCUUAUGCAUUUGUGCUAAGCAAAGCACCCGAACUAGGAGAUACAAUAUUCAUUAUUCUGAGGAAGCAGAAGCUGAUCUUCCUGCACUGGUAUCACCACAUCACUGUGCUCCUGUACUCUUGGUACUCCUACAAAGACAUGGUUGCCGGGGGAGGUUGGUUCAUGACUAUGAACUAUGGCGUGCACGCCGUGAUGUACUCUUACUAUGCCUUGCGGGCGGCGGGUUUCCGAGUCUCCCGGAAGUUUGCCAUGUUCAUCACCUUGUCCCAGAUCACUCAGAUGCUGAUGGGCUGUGUGGUUAACUACCUGGUCUUCUACUGGAUGCAGCAUGACCAGUGUUACUCUCACUUUCAGAACAUCUUCUGGUCCUCACUCAUGUACCUCAGCUACCUUGUGCUCUUCUGCCAUUUCUUCUUUGAGGCCUACAUCGGCAAAAUGAGGAAAACAACGAAAGCUGAAUAGUGUUGGAACUGAGGAGGAAGCCAUAGCUCAGGGUCAUCAAGAAAAAUAAUAGACAAAAGAAAAUGGCACAAGGAAUCACACGUGGUGCAGCUAAAACAAAACAAAACAUGAGCAAACACAAAACCCAAGGCAGCUUAGGGAUAAUUAGGUUGAUUUAACCCAGUAAGUUUAUGAUCCUUUUAGGGUGAGGACUCACUGAGUGCACCUCCAUCUCCAAGCACUGCUGCUGGAAGACCCAAUUCCCUCUUUAUCUGUCAACUCUAGGACAAGGGAGAACAAAAGCAAGCCAGAGGCAGAGGAGACUAAUCAAAGGCAAACAAAGGCUAUUAACACAUAGGAAAAAAAAUGUAUUUACUAAGUGUCACAUUUCUCUAAGAUGAAAGAUUUUUACUCUAGAAACUGUGCGAGCACACACACACACACACACAAUCCUUUCUAACUUUAUGGACACUAAACUGGAGCCAAUAGAAAAGAUAAAAAUGAAAGAGACACAGGGUGUAUGUCUAGAACAAUAAUGCUUUUGUAGAAACUAAAGCCUUUUUAAGAAAUGUCAGCUGCUGUAGCCCCCAUGAGAAAAGAUGUCUUAAUCAUCCUUAUGAAAACAGAUGUAAACAACUAUAUUUCAACUAACUUCAUCUUCACUGCAUAGCCUCAGGCUAGUGAGUUUGCCAAAACCAAAGGGGGCAGAUACUUCCCCAAGGUUCUUCCUGGGAGGAUGGAAACAGUGCAGCCCAGGUCCCAUGGGGGCAGCUCCAUCCCCGAGCAUUUCUGAGAGUUGAACUGUAAUUUUCACUCUUAAAUGAGAUAUGAAGCAUUAUCCUUUUGUUCAGUUGCCCCAGGCUUUUGAACAGAAGAGUAAAUACAGAAUCGAAAAGAUAAACACUUGACCAAACAAUGUGAAAACAGGUUGUGUAGUAUUCGUAAAAAGGCCCGGCCCAGGACCACAGUGAGCUAGAAAAGCAGUGGGAAAAGAGGUGAGUCGAAGAUCAGUUUGAGAGACAGACGGUGUGUAUGCCCCUCCCUGUUUGACUUCACACACACUCAUAACUUUCCAAAUGAAACACAGUACAGCGUAUAUUUUCGAUAUUUUUGUGAAUUCCAAAAGGAAAUCACAGGGCUGUUCCUGAUAUUGGGGGAACACUGUGUUUCUGCAUCAUCUGCAUUUGCUCCCCAAGCAAUGUAGAGGUGUGUAAAGUGCCCUCUGCUGGCUGACUGGCAAUACUACAACAAACUUCAAGGCAAGUUUGGCUGAAAACAGUCGACAACAAAGGGCCCCCUAUACACUUAUCCCUCAAAUUUUAAGUGAUAUGAAACACUUGUCAUAUCUUUGGCCAAAUCAGAAGAUAUUCACCCUGCUUCAAGUCAGCUUCAGAAAUGUUUUAGAAGGGACUUUUGCUCUGGAACUCAAAAUCAAUUUAUUAAGAGCCAUAUUCUUUAAAAAAAAAACUGGAUAAUAUUAUCUGUAAUACUUCAGUCCUUUACAAGCCAAAUACAUGUGUCAAUGUUCCUAGUAUUUCAAGGAAGCAAUUAUGUAAAGUGGUUCAAUGUGACAUAAUAGUGUUAUAAUUGGUUAAGUAGCUUAAUGAUUAGGCAAACUAGAUGAAAAGAUUAGGGGCUUCUACACUGCAUAGAUUCCACGCACAUAGCCACACAUACUCACACAUGUGGGGUACACUGAACUUCAAAGCCCAAAUGAAUAGAAACACAUUUUCUGGCUAGCAGAAAAGAAAAAAAAACCACAAAAUUGUUGUUUCUCUUUCUUGCUUUGAGAGUGUACAGUAAAAGGGAUUUUUUCAAAUUAUUUUUAUAUUAUUUUAGCUUUAAUUGUGCUGUCGUUCAUGAAACAGCUGCUCUGCUUUUCUGUCAGAGAUGGCAAGGGCUUUUUCGGCAUCUCGUUUAUGUGUGGAAUUUAAAAAGAAUAAAGUUUUAUUCCAUUCUGUGUGAA